AUGAUGGAUGCUAGAACACCAUUAUUAACGGCAGAUGCACGUUAUUCUAUAGAUUCAAAUAAUGAAAAUCCAUCCAAAUAUGAAGCAGCCAAAGUAGAUUUACAGUAUGUUAUUUAUUCUUCACCAUUAAAUAUUUUGCUGAUUUUUGUGCCACUGGGGAUAUUCUGGGGGGUUAUGGAAUUUUCUCAUACAUGGGUCUUUAUCUUCAAUUUCUUAGCUAUUGUUCCACUUGCUGCUAUAUUGGCCUAUGCUACUGAGGAACUCGCUGAGAAGGCAGGUAGUACUGUCGGUGGACUAUUAAAUGCAACUUUUGGUAACGCUGUUGAGUUGAUUGUAUCGGUAAUCGCUUUGAAAGGAGGUCAAGUAAGAAUUGUUCAAGCUUCAAUGUUAGGUAGUUUGUUGUCAAAUUUGUUACUAGUACUAGGUUUCUGUUUCGUCUGUGGUGGUUACAACAGAGUGCAACAGACUUUCAAUCAAACUGCCGCACAAACUAUGUCCUCGCUUUUAGCUAUAUCAUGUGCUUCCUUAUUGAUUCCUGCUGCGUUUAAGGCUACUUUGCCAGAAGGUCAUUUCGAUAAGUUGAUUGACGAGAAAAUCUUGUCCUUAAGCAGAGGAACGUCCAUAAUUUUAUUGAUUGUAUACGUCUUAUUUUUGUUUUUCCAAUUACGUACACACCAUGUUAUGUUUGAACAGCAGAAUGAAGAGACAGAAGAAAUUGUUGGUCAAUAUUCUACUAAACCGGAACAUAGCCUGAGUAGAAAUUCCUCUAUUUCAUUUUUACUUGCAGCCACUAUUUUAGUAUCUAUUUGUGCAGAUUAUUUAGUUGGUGCUAUUGACUCUGUAGUUGCAUCGAGUGGUUUGUCCAAGACAUUUAUCGGUUUAAUUGUCAUCCCAAUUGUUGGUAAUGCGGCAGAACAUGUCACUUCUGUCAUGGUUGCUAUGAAAAAUAAGAUGGAUCUGGCUAUAGGUGUUGCCAUUGGGUCCUCUUUGCAAAUAGCAUUAUUUGUGACGCCGUUUAUGGUACUUGUUGGUUGGCUCAUUGAUGUUCCAAUGACAUUAAACUUUUCAACGUUCGAGACAGCCACACUAUUUAUUUCUGUCUUUUUAUCAAACUAUCUGGUUUUAGAUGGGGAGUCUAACUGGUUAGAAGGUGUUAUGUCUCUAUCCAUGUAUUUAUUGAUUGCUAUGGCAUUCUAUUACUACCCAGAUAUUGACGUUUUAAACAAGUUAUGA